UAAAUGUCCUACUUGUAUGCUCGCGGUCGCACAAACUGAUGCUAGUUGUCCUGUCUGCCAAACCAGUAAUAAUAUCGUGCUUAAUCGACUAGAACUACAUCCAUCUACUGGCAACAAGUCCGACAUUAUUUCUUCGGCUAUGCCAUCGUCUGAUUUUAUUUAUUCUGCCUCAAGUGUGUCCAUUGGUCAACCAGCGGACUCUAUUUUGCCCACAACCACCUCCGGGAUGAGUUGUUCGUUAUUUCCUUCUUCAUCUGAGAUUCCUUGUACUACUCCAUUCAAUACGACAAAGUCAUUGGAAUUAUCCACCACUCAUCAGAAUGUUGUUUCUACAAAUAUUGUAUCAACUGAUUUGAAUGCUGGCUCUUUUUUCACUUCAUCGGUUCCCUCCACCUCACUUUUACCCCAAACUACAAAACUUACAACUACAUUUCCUCCUAUUUGUCUCAGUUCUGGUUUUUCUGCAACUCCCAUGUCAAUUCCAUGUUUGUCUCAAUCUACGGAUUCCAGCAUCCCACAGAUCGCUUCAAGUGCUGUCAGUGGUGUUGACUCAUUUGGAGCCACGCUGACCAAUUUGAAAAAUCCCGCUUGUUCUGCUUUUGUAGUCCCGUCGAUUUCCAAGUCCACUGAUGUACCUCUCUUUACUUCGGGAGUUUCUGGCAGUAACAUUUCCGUCGGUCUCCCCUCUUUUGAUUUUGCUGCAAAAUCUUCCGAGUCGUCAUCAUCAAAUAUUCAAUUCACAUCUGUUUCCAAAUCUGCUGAAUCCACUAUUUUUGGAGUCACGUCUGCUCCGAUCUUAACUACACCUUCUCCUUUUAAUUUUGGAGUCACGUCUGCUCCAAUCUCAACUACAGCUUCUUUUAAUUUUGGAGUUACUUCUGCUCCAAUCUCAACCACAGCUUCUCCUUUUAAUUUUGGAGUCACUUCUGCUCCAAUCUCAACUACAGCUUCUCCUUUUAAUUUUGGAGUCACGUCUGGUCCAAUCUCAACCACAGCUUCUCCUUUUAAUUUUGGAGUUACUUCUGCUCCCACUUCAUCUGGGCCUCCUGUUUUUAAUUUCGGUGUCACGUCUGCUUCCGUAACAUCCAGGCCUUCCCCAUUUAAUUUUGGUGUCACGGCCAGUUCAUCUCAAGUUUCAUCAUUUAAUUUUGGAGCUCCAUCUGUUGCAAAACCCGCCGACUCUUCUACUCUUACUUUUGGAGUUGAAUCUAGUGUCAAAUCAACAGAACCCUUUAAUUUUGGAGUUCAAUCUAUUUCCAAGUCGGCGGAAUUUUCCUUUGGUACUUUUGGAUCACAAUCAACUGGCAAGUCGAGUGAACCCUUCACUUUUGGAAUACCGUCAGCUACCAAGUCAAACGUUCCCUCACCUUUUAAUUUUGGAACGUCUUCAGUCCCAUCUGCUGUCAAAUCGUCCGAACCCUCAACUACGACUUCUAAUUUAUCUACUCCCUUUACUUUUGGGAUUCCGUCUACUCCGGGGGGCUCGGAUUCUUUUAAAUUCGGUGCUUCGCAUGUGUCCUCUCCUUUCACAUUUGGAGUGUCGUCUACAUCAUCUGUCCCACAUUCUGGGGCCUCUUCCACCUCUUUCAAUAAACCGGCCUUUAAUUUUGGCAGUUCACCAGCUGUCUCGGCACCAAUGCCUGGGUUCAAUUUUGGAUCUUUUCCGACUUCUUCGUCUUCUGGUGGGCCUCUCCCAGGUUUUCAGAAACCAAUUGACACCCCAUUUAGUUAG